AUGUUAAAUAUAUUUAAGAAUGCAUUCUCCAAGAAACAGAAACAAGAUUCUCAAAUUAUUCAAUUUGAAUAGUUUGAUCAACAUUAAUUGGAAGAACCUGAAGUAGAUAAUCACUUACCUUUUGAUUUUUAAAUCAUUGAUGAAGAAGCAAUGAAAAUUAUUGAAUAAGAGUAUGAUAAUAAAUAGCAGGAUCAACCAUUAAACUUAGAAGAGCAAUAAUUUGAAGAAGAUCUUAUUGAUUAUGAAGUGAAAGUUAAUGAUUCAUUAUAUGGAAUGGCAAUCAAAUUUAAUGUUUGUGAAGACUACAUCAUGAGAAUCAAUAAUUUAUCAAGUGAUUUAAUAUUCCAAGGUUAAAUCAUAAAAAUACCCAAGAAGGAUGAGAAGACAUUUCCAUUUGUUCACAUUCAAGAAUAAAAGGAAUAAUUAGAGUAUUUAUGGAAUCCUGAGGCUAAAUCAUUAAGAUGUAAUUUUGAUCAUAAUUAUUACUAGUUGAUGUAAUGUAUUGUAAUAAUAUAUAAAAUGUCUAAGGAUAAUUGAAUCUGGCAUCUGACUUAAUCCUUUUUAAUCCAAUUCAAUAAGAUCAUCUAGAAGAUAGUCAUUAGAAAUUAAGAUUCCAGGCUUGUAUCUCAAUGAGUGAUAUAAAUGAAGCAGUUUAUUACGUUUUACCUAAUAAAUAUGGCCAUUUAGAUUAUAUUGUGCAAAUAAUGCUAUCAGGGAUAGGCAAGCCAAAAUUUGAGAAGAAACACAGAAAACAAUAAGUCACGCUUAAAGAGUAAAAACAAACCAUUGCUACAGUGUUUUUUAGAGUAAGGAAUUUUAAAAUUACAAAAUUAGCAUGCUGAAAGAGACUAUGUAGGGAAGUUGUAUGCGGAAGAAAUCAAAAAGGAAAAUUGCAUUACCAUGGCCAGAUUUAUCACUGAAGCCUGUUCAAAUUAUACAGGAGUUGUAGAAUUAACUCAAUUGCCAUUUGUAGAUUUCAUUUAGGAUCCUGCUUAAAAAUAGAAUUUAAAUGUGGAUUUAGAUGAAAUCUAAGAUGUUAUUGGACAGCCUAUGGGCAGUAAAUUCAUUAAAAAUUAAUAGAUUUAUGGGCUAGUUUGGAAUAUGUUCCAAUUUUGAAAGGAAACUCCAAUUGCUUUACUAAUACAACGUUUAAAUAUGUCAUCUAAUCUAUACCUGCUAUAUAUAGAUUAGCUAAUUGGAGUAAGCUUUACGAUAUUGAUAUUGAUGGAUCCAGUUAUCAUAAUAUGCUUCAGUAAAUUAGAUAAAUAUUCCCCAUGUUAUUAAUAAUCAAAGAUUUUGAUCUUAAUAUUUUUGGUGUUUACAUUUCAAGUGAAAUUCAUAAGUACUCCCAAGGUUUUAAUGGCAAUGGUGAAACCUUUUUAUUCAAUGUCGAUUCAAGAGUAUAAUGAUAAUUAUAUUAUUUAAGCAAGAUGAAAUUGUGACAUUUGUUUGGACUGAAAAAAAUAGAGAUUUUGUAUUUUGCGAUGAAUCUGGUAUAGGAAUAGGAUGUGGAGAUAAAUUUGGGCUCUUUAUAGAUUAAAGUCUUUCAUUUGGAUAUUCUAACCCUUGUUCGACUUUUGACAACCCAAGAUUAUCUAAUGAAGAGAAAUUUGGAAUAAUGCAUAUGGAAGUAUGGGCUAUUGAGCAAUAAUGAG